UAGUAUUAAAGGUGGAAAUCGAGAUAAUGGAUUGUAUUCAAGAGAAGAAAAUAUAACGAAAAAAAAAAUACACUUCCAAAUUCAGGUGAAAGAAUGGCGGAUGCUGUGAUUUCAGUAGUGGUGGAGAGAUUUGCAGCUAUCAUAGAAGAUCAAAUUCGGUACGAAAUCAAUUUGGUGAGAGGCGUGGAGAAGGAGCUUCUCAAUCUUUCUGAUAAGCUCAAGACGAUCAGAAAUGUGUUGGAUGAUGCGGAAAGGAGAGGUGUGAGCGAGCAAAGCGUCAAAAGUUGGUUGAAGAAGCUUGAAGCUACGGCUUAUGAGAUGGACGAUCUUUUGGAUGAAUGGAACUACACUCUUCUCAAACAUAAGAUGGAAGCUUCUGCUGAGCCCGAGCCUAAGAAAAUGGUAUGCUGCUCCUUCAUCCCAUCUUCAUGUUUGAGUUUCAAGAAAGUUACUAUUCGUCGUGAUAUUGCCAAGAAAAUAGAAAAUUUGAAAGCCACACUUGAUCAGAUCUUAAAGGAGAAAGAUGACUUUGGAUUUGUCGUCUCUCUUCCUGCAACUGAUCAUGUGUCUAAUCAUUGGAAAAUUCAAUCGACAUCUUCGGUUGAACUAGAAAAAAUUGUGGGUGUGGACAUAGAGAGGAAUAAGAAUGAGAUAGUGAGUAAAUUGAUGCUUAAGGCUUCCAAACAUACCCAAAUUCUGUCUAUAGUUGGGAUGGGGGGGCUUGGGAAGACGACUCUUGCCCAACUUGUUUAUAAUGAUACUCGAUUGGUGAAGGAUGUUUUUGAUUUAAGAAUUUGGGUAUGUGUUUCUGAUCCGUUUGAUGUGGCUGGGGUUGCGAGAGGGAUUGUCGAGAGUGUAACGAAAGAGAGUAUGCCGACAAAUGUCAACCAAUUAGGAACGGUACUCGAAAAACUUAGAGAUUGUAUUUCAGGAAAGAGAUUUCUUCUAGUCCUUGAUGAUGUUUGGACAGAGAGAUAUGACGAAUGGGAACCCCUGAAAAUCAAUCUUAGAGAUGGUGCAGCAGGCAGUAAGAUUCUGGUGACAACAAGAAAAACUAUGGUAGCUAAGAUGAUGGAUACCUCAGACGAUGAUAUCUAUCACCCACAACAGCUUAGCGAUGAAGAGUGUUGGUCGUUAAUGCGUCUGGUAUCACUUUCAGGAAGGAGUGAGGAGGAGUGUGGAGAGUUGGAGAAAGUUGGGAAGAAAAUAGCUAGUAAGUGCAAGGGACUGCCUCUUGCUGCUAAUGUUUUGGGAAGAGUUUUGCAGCUCAAGACUAGUUUGGAAGAGUGGGAAGAUGUGGACAAGAAUAAAAUAUGGGAAUUGGAGAAUGCGAAAGUAGAUCUAUUUCCUCAUUUGGUCUUAAGCUACAAUGAAUUGUCCCCAUCUCUUAAGCGAUGUUUUUCAUAUUGUGCUGUCUAUCCUAAAGAUUACAGAUUUGAUGCGGAGACUCUGAUAGGAGAGUGGAUGGCAUUAGGUUAUUUGGGGCCUGUAAGUGGAAAUCAUCAAGUGGAACUCAAAGGGCGAGAGUACUUGAACAACUUAGCAAUGCGUUCUUUGUUUCAAGACAUUGAGAAAAGUGAGUUUGGGGAGCAGAUAAAAUCGUGUAAAAUGCAUGAUAUCGUUCAUGAUUUUGCUCUAUUUCUUAGGCAGAAUAAUGAGGUUGCAGAUGCGAGAAGGAUGUGUUGCCAAGUUUGCGAUCCUCUAGUAGUUUCUCAAGCUCGAGAGUACCGUUGCUUAUUUUGGGACAAGGAAAGUCCUCUUGAACAUUGUGAUUGCGUGACAAGUGUUAGGGUCAUAAGAACUACAUGGAGUUUGCGUGGUUCUCUUCCACGGGGCAUGAAAAAGUUGAUUCACUUGAAAUGGUUGGAUUUACAUAGUUGGACUAGAAUGCCAAAGGAUGAGUUGGAAAUCAUAUGUAGGCUUUAUUUCUUGCAAACUCUUAUCUUAUCAUAUUGUGGCCUAAAAGAGAUUCCACAAGAUAUUGGGAAUUUGGUUCAUUUGAGACGACUUAGCUUAAAUGGGAAUGAAGGUUUGAAGGAGUUACCCGAGAGAAUUUUUAGUUUGGUUGAAUUGCACACUCUUUCCCUAGCAGACUGCGAUGUGCAAGAGAUUCACAAAAAAGUUGGGAAUUUGAGUCAGUUAAGACUACUUGACUUAAGUGGGAAUAGGUUUUUACCGAAGUUACCAGAGAGCAUUUGUAGUUUGGUUGAACUGCGAACCUUGAAUAUGGAAUCCACUUAUGUCGGAUAUUUGCCUGAAGCAAUAGGUGAGUUAAGGAAUCUUCAUAUACUGCCACUAGAGGUGUUCAGAGUAGGAGGUCCUUACAACAAGUUGGGACUUCUGAAAAAAUUAUUCCAUUGUCUUACUAGAUCUAGAAUUCUAAGAUUGGAAUUCUUAUUUAAUAGUAAGAGCGAAAUGGUGGAGUUGGUUGAGGAUGCUCGAGGAGCAGAGUUAAAGAUACUCUUUGAAAAACUCAAAAGUCUCAAGAUAAGGUUCUGGAGUUGGAUGGAUGAAAAGGAGCAGUCAUCAUCAUCUUCACUGUGGAUGGAGUUGAUAGAAGCUCUAGUGCCCCAUCACAACUUGAAGGAACUGGAAAUCAAUGGCUACGGGGGCUCCUUGCUUCCGGCUUUGUGGAAACUACCUGACUUGGAAAUACUUAUUUUGGAUGAGAUAAAACAUUUGAAGUUGGUUGGACGGGAGUUUUUAGGAAUAGAAUCUAACGAUGUUGUUGCAUUUCCUAAACUCAGGCAACUAGAAAUUGUUGACUGGAAAAAUUUGGAGGAGUGGGAAGACAUAACGGAGGAAGAAGAAGAAUCUGAGGCCAUCUCCGUCAUGCCAUGUCUCACAAACUUGACUGUAAGUUGGUGUCCGAUUUUGAAGAAGCUUCCGCACCGCCUCCUGCAUAAGGUCUCCCCGUCUCUGCGGUCGUUGAGUAUUAUCAAUUCUACAUUGCUAGAAGAAAUGUACUUUGACAAGGAAGGUUCGGCUUGGAGAUCCAUAUCCCAACAUAAUCCCCAUUUACGACUCCCAGGGCAUUAGUCCAACUGAUAGACCGUGACAACGACAUCAUAAGAAGACGUCCAGCCCGUUUCAAAGAUUAGCUACUUAUUGUUUAGAUCAGUUUAUUGAUUGAAUGUAAUAGGAAUAGAGAGUCGAGCGUACUUAUAAGCUCCAUGUCGGGUUUUCUUUGUUGGUUCUUUCACGAUAUGCAGAAGAGAGUCAGAAUCAGCCCUAGGGUCCUUAGUUGAUAUAAAUAGGAAUCUUGUUAUCUUAAUUCAUUUAAGUAAUGAUAAGAAUCCUUAAAA